AUGGGCGUCUGUUUGUCUGCGGAAGAGAAAGCAGCUCGGUCACGCAGUUACCAAAUUGAUAAGCAAAUCGAAGAGGAUAGCCGACGAUUCAAGAAAGAGUGCAAAAUUCUUCUGCUAGGCUCAGGAGAAUCGGGAAAGUCGACAAUCGUUAAGCAAAUGAAAAUUAUACAUCAGAAUGGCUAUACAAAAGAAGAACUUCUACUUUACAGGAUAACGGUUUAUAAGAACCUGAUAGAUUGUGCACAGGAUAUUUCAAAAGCUCUUCGGAAGUUUCGGCUGGAGCCUAAAAAUCCAAUGAACAAAACUAAUAUCCAGAGUAUUUUAGAAUACCAAGUUGAAUCUGACCCUCACUUUCAACUGAGCCCCGAAAUAGUCGAAGCUAUCCAUUCCAUAUGGCAAGACAAGAUAAUACCUGAAGUUCUUGAAAAGCAAAGUCAAUUUUAUUUAAUGGAUUCAGCGCCAUAUUUUUUCGAUGAAGUACGACGAAUUGGCAGUCCCAAUUAUAUCCCGAAUGAGGCUGACGUCUUACGAGCGCGUACAAAGACUACAGGAAUAACAGAAACAAGAUACAAUAUGGGACAGCUGAGCAUACACAUGUUCGAUGUCGGAGGUCAGCGUUCUGAAAGAAAGAAGUGGAUCCAUUGUUUUGAAGCGGUAACAUCUAUUAUAUUCUGUGUAGCACUCAGCGAAUAUGAUCAAGUGUUGCUGGAAGAAUCUAACCAGAAUCGAAUGGCAGAGAGUUUAAUACUAUUUGAGUCGGUAAUAAAUAGUCGAUGGUUUCUGCGAACAUCAAUUAUAUUGUUUCUCAAUAAGAUUGACUUGUUCCGAGCGAAGCUACCAAGAGUACCACUGGAAAAUUAUUUCCCAGAUUAUACUGCGAUAGGACUGGUGUUGAAUUAUCACUUUCUGCCCGAUAGGCUUGUCUUUGCGGCUGUUAAGGAAACCAUCUUACAGAAUGCGUUAAGAGAUAGCGGUAUCCUGUAG